CAAAAUGUUGCUAGGCAAGGUGGUUAAGUACGAUCCUAAAAUCAGAGCCAAGCUCAGGAAGGCACUGAAGAAGUCUAAGAAGAAACUGAAGAAUAAUAACCUCCUAACUUUACUUAAGAAAUACCAACAGAAUGUUGAAGAAAUCGCAGAAAGACUGAGCUCACCCCAAAGAACAGAAGGUCCAAUCUUGUCAGCCAUAGCAUCUCAAGACUCUCUUGGGUUCAGAACCCAGACCGAAUUCGCACGCAUGGAUGGCAACCAGCUAUCUAUUGAGGACAAGAAUAACUCAGAUUGAGAGGAAAAGGACACUUAUAAUUACGGAAUUUUCAAGAAUAUCGACACUUUCUUAACCAAAGUUGAUAUCAAUAGUAAGGAAGAAUGGAAAGAGGAGACUCAUCCUGAGUCUCCUAAGAAGAUCAUGCGUAAAAAUUUAUUCGAAACUCUUCGUGAAAAGCAAUAUAACAAGAAAGGGCUGGAUUUUAGGAAGAAUUUUUGCCAUCAAAUGACCACCAAAAGGAUCACUAUCAAUAUGAACACGCCUCGGAUUGAGCAGAAAGAAGAGGUUCGAAGCGCAUCUCCUGGAUUACGAAGAAUUAAGAAUAACUUAGAGAAAUUAAAGACAAAUCCUCUUGGGAACAUGAACAACAGUAUUGAAAGUAUCAUCUCACUUGAAAGUGUUGAGUUCUCAAACUAUAAAAUGAAAAGCAUCCUAAACAGUAACAAACAGUGAAACGAAGCAAAAGCACAGAGGUCACAGUGUCUAGCUACCAGGUUCGACACUGACGAUGAAUGGAAGCACCAAUUCCAGAGUCCCAAGAGGACCAAAUACAUUAACUCUAGGGUAGGAAUUUACCAGAAGAGAGUUCAAAGAAAAGGUAUUCUUCCCACAUUCAUCACUAGGCUUAGAGACGGACAGAAGGCAAAGGUUCGAGAUCAACUUACCUCGACUUUCAAGAGAUGUCAAUCAUUUCCAAGUUUCUGAGAAGUUCAUGCCACCAAAUGACAUAUGGAAGGACCUUAUGGUGACCUACCGGAGGAUGAAUAAUUAGUAAUGCGAUUCAAAUUAGC